AUGGCUUCAUCUUCAAAGACGAGCUCUCUGCUCUACUCUUGUAUCGCCCAUCGGACGACCAUUCUAGCCGAACACUCCUCCCCAGGCACCUCAUCAACCUCUGCCUCAUCUCUGGCCUCCAUCAUCCUCCCGAAGAUCAACCACGACAAGCCGCAGAAGCUCACUUUUACCCAUGAACGUCUCUUCGUCCACUACAUCGCCGACUCACCAACAGGAAACUCCGACGAUGGCAACAGCAACGAGCCCAACUCACACGCACCCCUGAGCUUCAUAGUCGUCGCAUCCGCCGAGCAAGGCCGCCGCAUCCCCUUCGCCUACCUACUUGAAAUGAAGCGCAAGUUCCUGUCCACCUACCAACCUUCAAGUACCGAAUUUUCUUCUUUGCCCGCCUACGGUUGCGCAGCCUUCAACAAUGAGCUCCGUUCUCUUCUCCAAACAUAUAACACUGCCCCUCCAGCAGACUCGCUCGCAUCGGCGCGGCGCGAGAUCGACAGUGUUCGCGAUAUCAUGACCGAGAAUAUUGAUCGCGUUCUCGAGCGCGGGGAGCGUAUUGAUCUACUGGUUGAUAAGACCGAUCGACUUGGCGGAAGCGCGCACGAUUUCCGAAUGCGCAGCCGUGGACUACGGAGGAGGAUGUGGUGGAAGAACACCAAGUUGAUGAUCAUGAUGGUAGUUGUGGUUAUCUUCUUGCUUUAUUUGUUCAUUGGAAUGGGAUGCGGUUUGCCUGCGUGGGGGAAGUGUGUUGGCCAUUAA